AUGUACUACAGGAAUGGGACAAUGUAUUACGAAAACGGGCCAAUGUACUACGGCAAUGGAACGGAAUAUGGCGGAUACGGGCCAACGUUUUAUAGAAAUGGACUAGUGUACUAUGGUAAUGGGACACAGCAUAGCGGCUCCAAGCGAAUAUAUUACAAAAAUGGAACAGAAUACUACGAAUACGAACCAAUGUACUAUAGGAAUGGAACGAAGUACUACAAAAACAGGUCACCUUACUAUGAAAAUGACACGGAGAUGAAAGAGUUUUCGUCAAGCAAGGAAAAGACACUUAUGUUCCCGUUUCAAAAACCGCAGGUAGUUUCAUUGCUAGAUUAA